AUGAUUGCCUAUCGUGCAGAACAAGUGCAAUUGAAGAAGAUGAAGGCACAAGAGAAAGCCAAGCAGAAACGAUUGCGAUCUCGCGGUGUUGGUCAAGCUCGUCGUACAACCGGACAGCGAUCAUCGGCUAACUCAUCGACCCCCGGCAUUAAUCCUGGGUCCACCCAGAUGGCUUCCCAGCCUUUGGACUCAGACUCCAAUCCUCAAUUUGGCUCCGAAGACUACGAGAACGUCUGUGGAUACCUUGAGGAGGAAGUCAACUAUACUCGCCUCUAUGGAGAUGGGUCCAAGACCUCCGUUGGCACGACUAAGGUAACAAAGGCGGCGGCUUACGAGAUGUUUGCUAUUUUUAUUAAUGAUAAUUCCAACCGUCGGCUCAACCUCACUGGGAGCCAACUUCGCCAACGCAUCGAUGGAUACAAGAAACGAUUUAUGAAGGCAAAAGAGUGGGCUGAGAACACCGGGGCCGGAAUCGAGGAAGGUGAUAACCUACCCACCCUGGCUGAAAUUCUGGAGAAAAAAUGCCCCUGUUACGAUCGUAUGUACGGCAUAUUUGGCGGGAAAGCAAACGUUACUCCGCUCGCCCAAUUUGACUCAGGGGUGGGAGCCGACCUCUAUAUGACAGCCGAUGAUACCGAUAACCCGCAAGAUCCCGCAUCCUCGCCGGAGGUCUUCUUCCCGGGUUGGGACGAAACUCAAGAAGAGCCCCCCCCAUCGGGCUUAACCACUCCUGCCGAACAGCAAGAGUCACCCAGAGGACCGGGCCUGCAUGAAGGAGCCGCGGAUUUAAGCUUGCCAACUUUGGACGGUGAUCUCAGCCUGCCCGAUGACAUCCUUCCCCCACCCCUCGAGUUCAGUGGCACUCCCUUGACCCCCUCACCUGGCCUGAACAGCCCACGGUCCUUGGCUGGUGUAAAUGGUCGGUCAUCUGGUGCGGCCUUUGGACACCCAAACGGGCAAACAACUACCCCGGACUCGCCUCACCCGGUUCAACCAGGACGCCGUGCGUUCCCGAAUCAACGGUCAACAGAUGCUAGCCCUGCAGGUCCUGCCAGGGGAGUCAAUCCGCGAGCCCGAUCAACUCUGGCUUCUGCCUUUGAAAACUCAAACUCAGAGAAGUUUGUAUACCUCAAGGAGCAUAUGGAGUGGGAGAAGCAGAAGGAGGAGAAGCGGCUUACAUGGGAAAAGGAACGGUACAACAAAGAGGCGGCAUUGGCCAAAGACGGUCGUCAGGGGCAGUUGAGACUGGCCGAAUCGAAGAUGAAGGCUGCGCGAGAGUGGAUCAGCCAAGGCAAGACGGCCGCCGAGGUUGAAGGUCUAUUGAAAGCCGUAUAUGGAUGA